AUGGUCCUUUCGAAUCGCCCCCAUCCGCGCCCAAGCCAGUCUCAUACAACGCGGCCAUCCUCCAAACCUUCGUCGACGACGACGCCGUCCAGUUCGGUCCCUCGAAUGGCUGCCUCAGUCGGACAGGCAUAUCCUCCAAAUGCUGCGCCCUUUCGAUCUCCUGGCGUACUUUUACAUAAUGACGUGCGCACACCGAGUCCUAACUACUUCGGGCUCGUUGUAGACCCCGCCAAUAACCCUAGUGACUCUGCCGUGGGCCCUAAGGACAACUGGGGAACUCCUACGUCCAGCAUCCACUCUUUCGGGCGACCGACACCUCAGCAUUUACCUCUAGAUGCGAACCAAGAAUUUGCGGCAUUCAGGAAACAAGCAGAAGGAGGCAGUGGAUUUAGCCUAGGGCAUGGAAACCUCUCACAUUUCGCAUCCACGCCGAGCGCUCAUGUGCGGCCGAAACCAGAUCGAAAGCCAACAUCACCAGAGACCCAAGAGACAACAUUUUCAAAGUCGAAACCACAAGCUCGGCAGGGUACCGCCGACAGGAUGAAUACGGACGCAGGACAGACCUUGAAUGCGCCGUCAUUCUUUGAUAUCGACAUACCCCGACAUCAAUCCCCAGUACCAAUGAGCGAGGCAGGUCCGUCCUUGGAACGGCAUCAGCUGUCCAAUCUGGAUGAUAGACAUCCUAGACUUUCACUACCACAGAACAAGACCGAUCCUCCGUCUCCACACCUGAGACAAGCCCAGAAAUUCCAGCAAUACCGCGCAGAUACAGUCCCUUUGUCCCUUGAGGAUGGACCUGCCAUGAUCUCUUCUGCACAACUAAAGGACAUGAUGACAGCUCUAGGGACACAAGUCCUAUUGCUGGAUAUCCGUGUCAACACGCAAUUUUCAAAAUCACGGAUAGAUGGGGCUUUGAACUUGAACAUACCUUCUAUCAUGCUAAAGAGGCCGUCUUUUGAUAUACAGAAAUUGCAAGACACGUUCAAAGACAAUGCUGAGAAGGCUCGUUUCAAUCAAUGGAACUCCGCAAAAUCCAUUGUGGUUUACGAUGCUUACGCUUCGGAGAAAAAGGAUGCAUCAUCAGCGAUAAAUACUCUCAAGAAGUUUUCAGCUGAGGGCUGGAGAGGGAACUCGUAUAUCGUCCGAGGAGGGUUCUCCGAUUUCUCCAAAAAUUUCCCCCAAUUGAUCGAUAGUACGCCAAGUCAUCAUGAAACGCAGCCAUCAAACAUAAGCCUCUCUCUAGGGACUUCAGGGCCAGAUGCAAUGGCUGUAGCUGGCGGGUGUGCCAUGCCCGCAUCGAAGAACGCGGCAAAUCCAUUCUUCAGCAACAUUCGUCAGAACGAGGACCUGAGAGCUGGUGUCGGGUUGCAGGAUGUCAAGGUGCCAGCUGAGCUAGGUCAAGAAUUUCUUCCCAAAUGGCUUCUCAAUACUUGUGCAAAGGAAGACCAUGGAAAGCAGGUCUCGGAGAAGUUUCUGCGUAUUGAGCUUGCGGAGCAGUCAAGGAUGACCAAAGCCCUUAACUCGGGCGUUUCCUAUGGGACGCCUUCGCUGGAUUCCAAGCAUGUCCAGAUUGCAGGGAUUGAGAAGGGUAGCAAGAAUAGGUACCACAACAUCUGGCCAUUCGAGCACACUCGUGUCAAGCUCCAAGGUCGUCCUCAAGGUGCCUGCGACUACGUGAACGCGAGUCAUAUCAAAUCUUCGCGGAGCAAUAAACAAUAUAUUGCUUCGCAGGGCCCUUUGCCUGCUACUUUCGAGGACUUUUGGAGUGUAAUUUGGGACCAAGAUGUUCGAGUCAUUGUGAUGCUCACAGCAGAAAAAGAACGCGGUCUACUAAAGUGCCAUACUUAUUGGGCAGGAAGAGAGUUCGGCCCAUUGAAACUCAAGCUUGUGACGGAAGUGAAAAGAUCCAUAGACCCCAAGAUGCACCGCGUUUCAAAAGUCCCCCAGGCAUCCGGCCGGCCCAGAGCAGCUACCAACACUGAAAAGGCGCCGCCGUCUCCCACAACUGAGACUCCUCACGUCAUUGUGCGGACGUUCAUGUUGGCACACACCGCUCAUCCGUUCUCGCCGCAACGGGAGAUCACUCAGAUCCAUUGGUCAGAUUGGCCAGAUUUCGGAGCUCCUGCCAGCCCGGCCCAGGUUCUAGGCCUGGUUGAGCUAAGCAACAUGUAUCAGAGGAAACACAUUGCCCCAACAAAGUCCUCCCGCUCCGAUGAUCCUGAAUCGGAUGAAGCCUCGAGACCAAUGCUUGUCCACUGCAGUGCAGGAUGUGGACGAACUGGCACUUUUUGUACUAUUGACACAGUCAUUGAUAUGCUGAAGCGUCAACGGAAAGAGGCCAGAAGUGGUACCACUCCUAUGGAAACCGGCUACUCCAGCUCGAAAGGAGUCAGCGGCGAUUGGAUUUUCGAUCAAGAUCUCGAUCUGGUCGAGAAGACGGUAGUUGAUUUUCGAAGCCAGAGGUUAAGUAUGGUGCAAAGUCUGUCACAGUAUGUACUGUGCUACGAGACGGUAUUGGAAUGGAUUUCACAGCAGAAGUCUGGCAGCCGGACAGAUGGGGACCGGAAUGGAAGCGGCCGUGGGGUGGACAGAGAAAAGCCAUGA